CGGGAUGUGUCUCCGGGAAUGCGCGUGAACUCAUCCAGAUUCACCCCCACCCGCCUCGAGACCGCCUACGCACGCGUGGAGGAAACCGACCGGACGAAAUCGAUUCCACGAGACACCGAAAGUUACCAAAACUCGAAAAAACAGGUUUGGACGAGAUUUGUCGUGCAUCGGCAUUCACGGAGCCUUUUGGUCCCUUAGUGUUUAUUAUGGUAUGCUGAGAGACAGGGCAGUAGCCAUGCGUGGGAGUUUGCCGUUUUUGGUGUGUGUGCUGUUCAUGUGUGUUUUGGAUGAGACGUCGGCGUGUCUCAUCAUCAGCGAGGUGAACUGUGAUAACCCCAGCCAUGACACUCAGGAGUUCGUGGAGUUGUACUCCGAGGGCACGGAUUCCACUUCUCUGGAUGGGUACACGCUGGUAUUCUACAACGGCAACGGAGACUUCGCUUACCGCAUCAUCAACCUCACCGGGCAUCACACAGACAAGCAAGGCUACUUUUUAGUUGGAUCCUCGGAACUGACGCCCCGUCCUGCCAUCUCUCUCCCGACCAACUCGAUUCAAAACGGACCGGAUGCCAUCGCACUCUACGGGCCCAACUGGGCACCGGUCCUUGUGAACGCACAGGUUUCAGGAGUGGGUUUGUUGGAUGCAGUAGUGUACACUUCCCGUAAAUCCACAGAGGGUGCCGAUGGGCUCGCGUCGGUUCUGACUCCAGGCUCGGUCCCAUACGUGGAGGAUGAAAAGGCUCUGGAGGGCGAUGAAUCUAUUCAGCGCUGCUGGCAGUCCAACAACCUCUGGACGUUUCACACCGGACCGCCGACUCCUGGAGGGGUCAAUCAUUGCCCUGCGCCAACCCCCGGCCUCGUGUGGAUCAAUGAGGUCGACCUCGGUGGAACAGACAAACGGGGAAUGGUAGAACUUCAUGUUGGCGUGGCAGCAGGAUCCUUUUCUGUGGUACUUUAUGACAUCAGCACUGAUCUUAUUAGCACAAGUGUGGAGUUGAGCGUGAAACAGGCCGGGAUCUUUACUGUGUCUGUGGAUACUAGCCGUUUCACAGUGCAACAAAGUGUAGGUCUGGCCGUUUAUAAAGGCCUGGCAUCAAACUUUCCAAAGGACGGCCCACUCAGCCCCCAGCAACCAAUCGAUGCCUUUGUUCUUAGCGACACAACCAACAUGCCCAGUGACAACCUCAUGGAGAUGCUGAUUCCUGGGAGGAAACCAGUUAUAGUCACAGAAAGUCUUCAGACAUCAGGUUUCUCCGGCAGCCGCUGCGGCAUUGCAGAAUGGACGAGAGAUCCAGGUCUGUUUGUGAAGAGACCCCCGAGUCACGGAAAACCCAACGACUGCUCUUGGUUUCAGUCUUGUCCUCGUAACAUCACCUCUUACACAUCAGGCUCAAGGCGGAGUCAGCCUCCCUUUCACAGCUCGGAAGAUUUUCUGAUCAGUGAGAUCAACACGGAUUCGCCGGGUUCAGGAGAGGACGAGGAGUUCAUCGAGCUGUGGCAUCCGUACGGCUCACGUAUGUUCCUGGACUUCAUCUGGCUGGUGAUGAUCAACGGACAGACGGGAACAAUUUAUUACGAGUUAGAGCUGAAUGAAUACUACACUGAUGAGGACGGAUUCUUCCUGAUUGGCAGCGCUAAGGUCGGCGCAGACAUCACAAUCCCAGCGAACACCAUUCAGAACGGACCAGACGCCAUAGCGUUGUACCGCAGCGAGUCUCCGCCCUCCAAGCAGAAUCAGGCUAUUCCACGGGACGGUUUGUUGGACGCAAUCGUUUACCGCGCUCGCGGGUCUGAUAAAAACAUAGCAGAGCUCACAAAAGCUUUAACACCGGGACAGCGCCCCCUGCUGGAGGACAUCAAUGCCUCACCUGGAGAUGAGAGCCUAUCUCGCUGUGGAACUGACAGAUUCAAUCUUAGCGCUUACAGGGUUUCUGCUCCCACGCCGAGGAAACAGAACGGCUGUCCCCCCAAAGCCAUGAUAACCCCAGGCCUAGAGAGUGUCUUCAUCAAUGAAGUGGGCCGGAUGUGUGCAGCUAACCAAUCCGCUGGAAGAUUUUUUGUCGAGUUGAUGGGUCCGCCGUUGGUUAAUCUGCAAGGAUUUGUUUUGGUUUUUGUUAAAAAAGGAAAUGAAGAGCUUUCUGUCUCAUUGAAAUCGGCCAGCAUGGGAAAAGAUGGAAUGUAUCUAGUGGACAAUGUCUUUGGAGCAGAUCUCAGUUCAGUGGUGUUGUGUUUUGAAGCGUCGGGAUCGGGUGUUUGUGACAGUGACUCGUUAGAAACAUAUCGCUACGACUUCAAAGACGAAGAGAAGUUAUGUGAAACAAACAGAUUUGAUUCUGCCUCUCGCUGUGCGUCAGUCACACAGAACGUUUCCUGGAUUUAUUCUCAAGCGACUCCACAUCUGCCAAACCUGUGCCCGAGUCCUUCCUUCUCCACCUCACUGGAUCUGUGCAUACCAUCAGAAGAGAAAGAUUGGAAGGGAAAUUCAGGAAAUUGCACCAGGGAUGACGUUGCUGUUGUAUUAGAGAAGUUAUGUAACUGUGGAAUCUCAGCUUUACAUCUUCAAGGUGUUAAUGUAUCCUGUGAGUCGGGCAUUAUACAUGCCCACGGGCCUGCUGCUUCUAUUUCUGACCAUCAGAGGGAGCAAGUCAAUGAAAUACUCAAAACCAAAGAUCUGUCAUGUUCUGCUGCACGGGAGCAACAGGUUCAUGGAGCAGGGUCGUCUGUCGGCCUGCAGGUGGGGCUCGUGCUCAUAGCAGUUCUGCUGUUUGGACUUGGUACAGCUGUGUUUGUCUACCUGUACAAGAGAAGACGACCUGCUGAUUAUCUCUCAAUGCAGAUGAGUGAACAACCUGAGAUGACACAAGAGCUCUAGUUCAUUUGCUUCUGUGUGUGUUUGUUUGUUUGUUUGUAAAGAUGAUGCAAUAUUGACAUUCCAAUAAUUUUCUUAAUGUAUUUAAGAACAAUGUUGUAUUUUAUAAAUGUGUAAAUUGUUGUUUAUCAUGUUUUUAAUUCAGUUUAUGCAUACUUUUGCUGAAGGACUUCGUAGGGACAUGCUCGGUCGACCGGCGUAACACACACACAAUGUUAUAGAUCAGUGGUUCUCAAACUGGGACCCGUGGCCCCCUAGAUGGAUCCAGGGGGCAACAGAUUUAGUGGCAUUUUAUGAAAUGUAUUAAGUUAUCAAAAACUAGGGCCACCAACCAAAACAAUUGAUGUUCCAGGAUUGUAAAACUGAAUUUGUUUUUGUUUAAUUAAAAUUCUAAGUUUAAGAUUAUUUGUCUUUAUUUUAGGGGGCAGCAGAGCAAUGCAAUCCACACAAAGGGACUAUUACAACGAAAAAGUUUGAGGACCACUGUUAUAGAUAACACAAUUCAAGCUGCUUAAAUCUUUUCCAAACUUAAACCUUUGCAAAUGCUUGCCUUCAGAAAUCAACAAAUUAAUAAGCUAUGCAAUAAUAUUUAAAGAUAUAUAAAAUGUUGAGCUUUAUUAAUACGUAUAAACUUUCACUUUGAGCAUCGGAAUCAACCUUUCACUGUAACACAUUGCUAUUGCGUGUUUCCAGAUCGACUUUUAUGUAUCCUCUGUACUUUGAAGUUGUUGUCAUGUGUUCUCAGGUUUAUCAGAUCGAUGUUUUGGAAGAGAGUCCACAGAAUGGUUUGUCAGCCACAUGAGUUUCCAGUCUCAGUAGUUUUUCUCAUGGACUGGUUCUCUUCGUGACUUUGAACUGUAGGGUUUAGCCACAGCUUGCAUGCUUGACCGGCAGUGAGAAGUCUAAACAAAACAGAAAAAGUCCAGGAAAUAAAGGGUCAGACUGAAAGGCUGUUCUGUGUUUUUGCCAGAACAGAAAUAUGUUUGGUGUGUGUUCUAUCAUUUGGAAUGAGUUUUAUCUAGAAGAGAAAUUAAAUUUUGAUUGUCAGUUGUUUGUUGCUCUUUGUCGAUUUGUACAUUCUGUAAAAUACAAUCAAAAUAAAAGACUGUUUGUUAAUUUUA